UCAGGGGCGAAGGUCAUGUGCGCCCCGGCCACUGUGUGUACGUAACGUGUACUCCUCACCUGCCCGCCAUGACCGCCUCUACCUCUUGUAAGCGCCCAGGAGUCGGUGGAUUAUGAUUGGACGAGAGGACGCGGCGGCUAACCAUUCAUGGAGCGCCAAUGACAUGAUGUGUGUAUUGUGGCCGGACGCACACAGACCCGCCAACCAUCAACACAAGAGUGGCACGUAAGACGCAGAAACCACAGCGAGGGGGGGGUAUGCGCGGGACGGUGAAGCAGGGAACAGGGGGCGGAGGGGGGGUUAAGGAGGAGGCGGGGGGCGGGGGAGGGGGAGGGGUGAAGUCUGGAGGAGGAGGGGGCAGAAGGAGCAAGGCCAACCACACCCACGCCCCCACCCUCACCCCCACCACCACCAUCAAGCAGGAGGUGGUCACAGAGGUGAAGCCAGACCCCGACGCCACCACAGCCACCCCCACAGCCAGCACCACCACACCCUGCCUCAACGGUGAUGACCCCAGCCCCAAGACCACCUCGUCCUGCCCUGCCAACAAUAACAACAACACCAGCGCCAACAACAAUAACAACAAGGGGGCAACCACAGCCAAAGUCAAAACAGAAAUAGCCAAUGGAGGGCCGGAGGGGGACACCAAGCCAAGCACCUCAUCCAUCACCACCACCACCACAACCAUCACCACCACCACCACCACCACUACCUCCACCACCACCACCACCGCCACCCCGCCACACACCAAUGAAGGUUGUGGGGUGCUGUGCGAGGCUGAGGGUGCCAAGGUGGGGGCGGUGUGUGGGGGAGUGCCCACCCUCGACGGCACCUCACUGUCACACCUCCACACUGCAGAUGGCUCUGAUGGAGGAGGGCUCGGGGGAGGGAUGGGGACACUUGGGGUCAAGGGUGGAGCCGGGGCUGGGGUAUCCACCAGUGACGCGCAGUACAUGCAGCAGCAGAGCCAGAUCUUUGUGUUCACCACACACCUGGCCAACAAGGCUGCCGAGGCCGUGAUGCAGGGCUCCUUCAACACCAUCAUCGCCUUCCACUGUGCUCAGCCCGGCACCAAGAAGCUGCUGGAGAAGCAUCCACUCAAGACGACACAGUUUGUCCGCCACAACCCUCCACACUGGCUCAACACGUUUGCCAUGAAAGGCAACAAAGGGGGCCACAUGAAGGGGCCUAUGGUACCAAAUGGCCCCAUGAUGGCAAAUGGACCUAUGGGACCAGGCCCCAUGGGUCCAUGUGGUCACAUGGGACCUGGGGGUGAAAUGGGACCCAUGGGCGGCGACGGGGCACCCAACAUGAUGGGUCCCGGCGGAGACAUGGGCAGCCCCGGAAUGAUGGGGCCUGGAGGUCCUGGUGGGAUGAUGGGACCGGGCCCCAAUGGUGGCCCAGGCAUGAUGGGGCCAAGGGGGCCUGGCAUGAUGGGCCCCGGUGGACCAGGGCCGGGCAUGCCACCCGGCGCCGGAGGACAGAUGGUGAUGUCCAUGGUGGGACCCAACGCACAGAGACACCCGGGUGCUCCCUCCGGUGUGAAGGUCCCUGACGACCACCUAACACCUGAGCAGCGGCAGCACCGAGAGGAGCAGAUGGCAAGGAUACGUCACAUGCAGGCGCUGCUGCUGCCUGAGCUGCAUUCCCCCAGUCAGGCCGAGGGGGCGCAUCCCACCUCCCAGCCUGCCUGCUCUGGGGGGCCCCCCACCUCCACAGGGGUACCCUGCUCCCAGACCCAAGCACCCUCUGUUUCCCAGAGCUCCCAGGCUGCCCCGCCCUGCUCACAGUCCACACCAGUUACCUGCAUGGGACCCUCACCUGUCACAGGCAUGGGUCCCUCUCCCGGCAUGGGACCCAGUCCGGGCAUGGGGCCCUCUCCAGGCAUGGGACCCAGCCCAGGAAUGGGGCCAAGCCCUGGCAUACCUAACACCUCCAUGGGCCCGGGGCCAGGCAUGGGGCCGGGGAUGGCUCCAGGGCCAGGCAUGGGCAUGUCCCCCAACAUGAUGGGUCCAGGCGGCCCCAACAACAUGGUAUCCCAGAGCGGGGUGAUGAUGGGCCAGGGACACAUGGGCAACAGUAUGAUGAUGACCUCGCAGGCCAGCAUGAUGGGCGGCCCCAUGGGUCCUGGUGUCCCUGGCAUGAGGAUGGGUCCAGGAGGGCCGCAGUCCAUGAUGAUGGGCGGCCCAAACCCUGCGUCGUCCAUGGCGGCGCAGGCAGAGUGGCAGAGGCUGCAGGCAGAGUUCUUUGAGAGCAAGAGAAAGAAAGGUGGCCCAGGCUGUCCUGAUGGUUCUAUGGGCCCCAUGGGUCCUAUGGGUCCAAUGGGCCCUGGAGGUCCUAUGGGUCCUGGAGGUCCCAUGGGUCCUGGGGGCCCAAUGGGUCCAGGUGGCCCUAUGGGCCCAGGAGGACCAAUGGGACCAGGUGGGCCAAUGGGUCCAGGUCCAAUGGGUCCAGGUGGUCCUAUGGGCCCUGGUGGACCAAUGGGCCAUGGUGGGCCAAUGGUUCCUGGUGGCCCCAUGGGACCAAAUGGACCAAUGGGAAUGGGUGGCCACAUGGUUGGGGGGCACAUGAUGCCCGGAGCAAUGGGAGGGAACAUGGGGCCUGGGGGAAUGAGACCCAUGGGCCCUGGGGCACGAAUGCAAGGGCCACCACCCCCUUACCAUGGCCCUCGACCAGUCGGUAACGGCCCAUUACCCUCGCCUGGGUCUCCUUCCAUGUGUGCCAUGACCUCGCCUCGUAUGCCCGGGGGGGGACCAGGGGGAGGGCCAGGGAUGAGAAUGAUAGGCCCGGCAGACUCCCCCAGACCCAUGCACCCCAGCAACCCUCCCACCCCUGUAAGUGGCCCCCCCAUCACCAGCCCCUCCCUGCAGCACUCCAAGGACCAGCAGCCUCACACACCACAGUCAGGUGAAACAUCCUUUGGGAGACAACUGCAAACAUUGGCCCAACAAAAGCAUCAACAAACUGGCCCUCAACAACAGCAACAACAACAGCAACAACAGCAGCAACAACAACAUCAGCAGCAGCAGCAACAACAACAGCAGCAACAGCAGCAACAGCAGCAGCAGCAGCAGCAACAACAGCAGAUGCAGCAAGGAGCAGCAGCAGGAGGGAAGGAGCCCAACCUGAUGCCUGUUCCCUCCCCGCAGCAGAUCCAGUACCUCAGCACCUUUGAGGGGCAGGAGCUCACCAUCCAGAAGCAGCCAAACACCAGCCUUAGAGAAUCCGACAUCAUGUCUCCGAUGGGAGACAACAGUGUGGGUGACGGAAGUCGACUCUCUGGGCCUGGCACGCCCCUGGGCGGCCCCACCACACCACUCACUCCCUCCUCCGAGCCCCAGCCGAGGUUUGCUGGUCCCAAUACUCCCGAUCGCUUCACUGUGCCAUCACCGGGCAUGGCGAUCCCCUCAGCCCCCCACACCCCACAGGGGCCGUCUGAGAGCAAAGGAACGCAGCAGCAGCAGCAGCGGUACACGGGGCCCUCGCCGCAGGGUCCCGGGCAGCCCUCCACCACCACCACACCCACCAACGGCAAUAAUACUAGUAAUAGCGCCACAACCACUCCCAGCACCACUGCCAACAACACAAGCACCACCACCCCAACCACCACCACCAGCACUGCCACCAGUCAGGGGGGCCCCAAAACCCCUUCUAUGGAUGGCAGGUUUCCAGUGCCAUCCCCAAAGACACCCAGCAUGUGCAGUGCCCCCACCACCCCAAGUGGCCCCGACGUCCCACGUUUCCCCGGGGCCUCUCCGCUGCAAGCCAGCAGCGGCAACACUCCAGCAGCAGACAUGGCAACCAUGGGUGCACGCUUUCCUGGUCCAACGAUAACUGGCGCGGGGAACGGCGCCAACAACCAGAUGAUGGGGAAGAUGGGCAGUGGGUUUUCCAUGUCUCCAGGCAAGAUGGGGGCCAUGGACAUGGGUGGAGAUUUCCAUAAUCCCACAGCUGCCAACCUUCCCCUCAACCCUAACUCCAGCACCCCCAGCGGCCUGCCAGCGUCUGGGCCCGGCAAAGUGUUCGACCCCAUCUCCUCCAUGGCCCAGAUGAGUCAGCAGCUGACCUCCGGCACCUCUGGCUCCUCACCCCCAGUGUCUUCGGCCCCCACGCCCACCAUGCCCACCCCGACUGGCCCUUCCAUGGGGGCUAGUGGUCCCAAUGGCCCACCUGGACCUAACAUUGGCAAUGGUCCGGGCAUGCCCAGUGGGCCAGGGCUACCUGGUGGACCAGGGAUGCCUGGUGGUCCUGGCAUGCCUGGUCCACCAGGCAUGCCAGGACCACCCGGCAUGCCAGGUGGACCAGGCAUGCCCGGUGGGCCAGGGAUGCCAGGUGGGCCGGGGCACCCAGGCGGGCCGGGCAUGCCAGGUGGACCAGGACUCCCCUGUGGGCCGGGGAUGCCGGGGGGACCAGGAAUGCCAGGUGGACCAGGGAUGCCUGGAGGCCCCAACAUGCCCUGUGGACCAGGAAUGCCCGGAGGACCGAACAUGAGUGGUCCGGGCAUGGGUGGGGGCCCCAACAUGCCGGGGGGACCUGGGAUGAGUGGGGGCCCCAACAUGGGGGGCGGGCCAGGCAUGCCGGGGGGCCCCGGAGGCUCCAUGAUGGAUGGACAGGGGCCAGGGGGUAUGAUGGGCAUGCCACCAGUGUCUUCAAGUCCUGGCAUGAUGCAGUCCCACAGUGCCAUCUCUUCCCCUGUGUGCAGUGGUGGGGGUCCCCGGGGCACCUCCCCCAGCAGCAUGGCCAUGAUGGGAGGCCCCAAUCCCCGCAUGACCGUCCCUAACAGCAUGGUGAGGCCUCCCGUCCCAAACUGUUCUGCGGCAGGGCCGUACCCCGGGGCCAACGUGCAGGUGAAGCCCAGCGCCCCCAACACCAUCCAGUACCUGCCGGCGCGGCCGCAGAACAACGGCAACGGGCCGCGGGGGCCGCCCAGCCUCGACUUCCUGCCCAGGUUCAGCAACCCCAACGUGGAUGGCAAGACGGCAAACUCGGCCAUGUUCCCCAGCAGCAGCACCCCCAACUCCAUGUGUGGCGCCAGCGUGCCAAUGUCGACCAUGGCCAUGAGUGGCCCGUGUGGGCCCAUGAGUGGACAUAUGACUGGACCUAUGAAUGGCCCAGGUGGACCCAUGGGUGGCCCUGGCGGACCCAUGGGUGGCCCUGGGGGGCCAAUGUGUACGAUGUCUGGGCCUAAUGGUCCCAUGGUGAACAUUAGUAAUAUGAGUGGACCCAAUGGACCCUUUAUGUCUGGACCAGGAGGACCCAUGCCAGGCCCUAAUGGUCCCAUGGGCAUGGGUCCUAAUGGUCCUAUGGGUGGACACAUGGGAGGGCCAGGUGGAAUGAGUGGACACAGUGGGCCUAUGAUGGGCCCCAAUGGACCUAUGGGUGGACCCAGUGGACCUAUGAUGGGGCCCAAUGGACCAAUGGGAAUGAACCCCAGCAUGAUGAGUGGUGCAGGCCUGGGGCCUGGGGGCCAAAUGAUGGGGCCCAGAGGCGGGGCUCCCAUGAUGCGUGGCCCCAGUCCAGGGGGGAUGAUGGGGGGGAUGGGAGGUGAAAUGUAUCCUAUGGGAGGGCCAGGGCCUAACAUGGGUGGGGGACCCAUGCCUGGGGGGCCUGGCCCCAACCCUAAUGGUCCUCAGCAGAUGAUGGGGGGCUCAGGCCCCAUGUACAGCUCCAAGACCUCUCCUGUCAACAUGAACAUGGGGGGGCCCAUGGGGGGGGCACCGGACACUGCCCAGCCCCUCCCUCCCUCCAUGGGCCAGUCGGGCAACUUCAAGAAUUCGCCCUUCAUGGGGCCCACCACCGCUGACCCCACCUACGCUGCCCAGUUCCACAGCUUCCAGCAGCAGUUGUAUGCCACCAACACCCGCGGGGGCCCCAACAUGGGCAUGCCUGGAGCCAUGGGGGGUCCCGGAGGGCCAGUGGUGACGGGGCCGGGGGGGCCGGGCAUGCCUGGCCCUGGGCCCAUGCCUGGCCAGAGCUUCCCGUACAACCCCAAGUGAGGCACGGGUAAACUACCUCACAGGUGACCUGGUGCUAACAGCUGCCGCCCAGCACACUCACCACUAUGCAACUCCUCCCCUCCCCCGCGGCGGUGGUGGUGAUCCUGCUCAAGUGUGGUGGUGGUGGCGGCGGGGCAGCAGAGGCGGCCCCGCCCCGCCCACCCGUGUGCCCGUCCAGUGGUGGGGUCGCCCCCCCGCCCCGCACAGUCCACUCAGUUCUCACUCUUCAGGGCAACAUGUCAGUUUGUAGUUUGGAUACUGUUAAUGGGGUGCUUUGUAGUGUAAGUUAUUCUUGCUCUGUUCACUGUCUCCUCCAGUGGUUGUUGACUGCUUCAAGGGUCAUGGUCAGUGCAGUGCCGGGGCGGCCGGGCCUCACUGGGCUCAGGCUUGGCCCCGCCCGCUCAAGUCUGAACUCAUUGUACACUUAUCACAGUGGUCAUUGUGGCCCCCCCUCCCCAGUGACUGCGGCACUCCCCUCCCCCAGAGUGGCACCCUGCGGCCCUCUGCUGCGUGACGAUGCAGCUAAAGACUUCGCCGAAAUAAAACAAACUGGGUUACGCUUGUUGUUAUGAUAAUGGUUAACUUCCCAAACUGACAAUCAAGUCAUGUUAUAUAAAUAAAUAUAUAUAAAUAUAUGUAAAUGUGUAGGCGUGGGGAUGCUGUGAUGCGUUGGUCGUGGUGCUGGCGAGAAAAACGGCGGCGACGGCGACGGAGGCGACAGCCCGGCCGGCGCUGCGUCAGGAGGUGCUGCGCCCGCCCCUCACUGCACUGCUCAUCACCGACGUGUCCAUCGAGGCACAGCAUUGUACAAAUUGUUAAGCCCUCAUUCUCUCUCUCUCUCUCUCUCUCUCUCUCUCUCUCUCUCUCUCUCUCUCUCUCUCUCUCUCUCUCUCUCUCUCUCUCUCUCUCUCUCUCUCUCUCUCUCUCUCUCUCUCUCUCUCUCUCUCUCUCUCUCUCUCUCUCUGUCUCUCUCUCUCUCUCUCUCUCUCUCUCUCUCUCUCUCUCUGUCUCUGUCUGUCUGUCUCUCUCUGUCUCUCUCUCUCUCUCUCUCUCUCUCUCUCUCUCUCUCUCUCUCUCUCUGUCUGUCUGUCUGUCUGUCUGUCUCUCUCUCUCUCUCUCUCUCUCUCUCUCUCUCUCUCUCUCUCUCUCUCUCUCUCUCUCUCUCUCUCUCUCUCUGUCUCUCUCUGUCUCUCUCUCUCUCUCUCUCUCUCUCUCUCUCUCUCUCUCUCUCUCUCUCUCUCUCUCUCUCUCUCUCUCUCUCUCUCUCUCUCUCUCUCUCUCUCUCGCCACCGUCACAUCCACCUCAUGCAAUAUUCCUGGAUGCAGCCGCCGCUUAUAUGUUGACAAAGUGAUUUUUCUACUGUACGUUACAGGCCUGUGGGUAUUGCCUUGGUCCCCAGCAGGCAGGUUUGUAUCUCCUUUUGUUUGUAUCAUUGUAAAGUUUGUAUGAUAUGUAAGUUUUGUGUUUUUUCCUCACAUUUUGUUGUUUAUUUAUAUUUUUUUUUUGUAAGGUCACACACUCAGAAGCAGCGGGUUGACCGUGACUUUCUGGCAGUAUUUUAGGAUAUAACUUGGAGGAUGUGAACAUUUUUAUUAUUGACAAAUUUUACAUAAAAUAAUUUUACAAG